AUUGGAUUGUGGGUAUCUUGAGUUUCCUGAUCGACUCCGACAGUCAGCUGUUCCUACUAAGUUGUAGUGUUUGUUUAUCGGUCUUGAUAGUGUAGACCUAUUUUGUUUUAACGCGCUUGCGUUUUUGUUUGUAGUUUUAUGUUGAGGGACGCUGUCCUGCUAAGUUAGGCUACAUAAAACUAUCGUAACUAUUUGCAAGAACUCGCGGAAUGAGUUUGAACGAGCACUCCUUGCAGGCGCUUUCAUGGAGGAAACUUUACUUGAGUCGAGCUAAACUCAAAGCGACCAGCCGCACAUCAGCCUUGUUGUCUGGAUUUGCGAUGGUUGCCAUGGUGGAAGUGCAGCUGGAGCCUGACCAUGAGUACCCCCCUGGACUCCUCAUUGCCUUCAGUGCCUGCACCACUGUCCUGGUUGCAGUGCAUCUUUUUGCUCUCAUGAUCAGCACUUGCAUUCUCCCCAAUCUGGAAGCAGUCAGCAAUGUCCACAACCUAAAUUCAGUCAACGAAUCUCCACAUGAGCGCAUGCACCGCCACAUUGAGCUGGCUUGGGCUUUUUCAACAGUUAUCGGUACUCUCCUUUUUCUUACUGAGGUCAUGCUGUUAUGUUGGGUCAAGUUCCUACCUCUUAAAAGCAGUCAUGAUGGCAAAAAUGGGACCAUCAGCUCUGGAGAGGCAGCGGCCCUUGCUUCCACCUGUAUCAUGGUGCCAUUUGGGAUCGUGUUCAUUCUGUUUGCUGUGCACUUCUACCGCACACUUGUGAGCCACAAAACCGACCGUCAGAUCAGGGAGCUGGAGCAGGUCAUUCGCCUUCAGAACCAGCUCGAUCACAGGGCUGAGAAUGAUGAGCUCAAGGCCUUCCCUUAAGAAAAUAUAAGGACAGAUUACAUUAAAAUAGAGCUAGCAUCUAAAGGGAAUAAUUGGCAUUUUGGGCAAAAUCUUUUUUACAUAUCAACAUAAAGCUUGUGGUGAGUUUGUACACUUUCAGAAUUGCAAAAAAUGUGGUCAGUGGCCUUUCCUGUGAAGUUAGAAUGUCAUGUACUCUUUUAGAUUUUGAGCCCUCAUCUAAUCACUGUGUGAAAAGUUGGGAAUGUGGUAUUCUUGUAUUAUGCAAGGAUUCUUUGGAUCCCACAAUGUAGUUAUUAAAACCCAUUAACUUAACUUGUACAAUUCAGUUUGAAACACAUCAUAUCACAUGGAUCCAAAUUGCUCAAGGUGCAGCAUUUUCCUGAUUACAAAAAUAUUACAACAAUUAACUAGAUCAAUCUUAUUGUUUAAUUUUAUCACCAUUAUUUAAAUCUGUUGGCAUAAAUCGAUGAAGAAAAUAGGAACUUUUCCACUGAAAUCACAUUUUGGUUGAUGUUCAUGUGGCGUUUGGCCAAUUUCUGGUUGGCCAAAAUUUGAUUAAAACUAAGAUAAUUAAUCUCAGGUUUAAUCUAAAAACAAUAAAAUAAAGGUCUUCACAAUGACAAUUUAACUUUUUUUCCACUAAAUAUAAAGAUUAGCAAUGGUUAUGUGAACUCUUUAUACAUCUUUUUGUACUGUUAUGUAACAGAGAAAAUAUUUAAUAUAUAGCUUAAAACAUCAUGUUAAAACAGGGUGAUGUAAGACAAUAUUUGCUUUCUAAGUUUUAAAUGCUGUGCACCUUGUUACUUUAGUUAUAUGGCAGAACAUUAUUGAGGGGAAUUUUUGUUAAAACAUGAAAUAUGUCUGUGGUGGUUACAGCUUUUGCAUAGAAGUAUGUUUUUUAAAAUGUGUUUGGUACUUUUUUAUUUUCUGUUUGCUGAACCUUUGUUACUACUUAAUGCUUUAAUGAAAUGCUGGAUAUCUAUUGUCAUUGGCCUGUGGCACAUUGCACAGUAUUUUGAUGAUGUUUAAAUAACAGAAUAGGGAGAACUCCUUUUGAUUGGUACACAUUUCUAUGGUACCGAUUUUCGGCAUAUUUAUUUUUGCUACUGGAUCAUGUUAAAACUGCAUGACAUGCAUUUUUACAGCAACAUUGGUUCUUUAUUUAUUUUUAUUGUGUGUUAUGCUUUAAUACUGUUUACUGCAUGUGAAGUUGUAAAUUACAAACAUGCACUAUGGUCACGUGACCACUAUGAAAAUAAAUGUUUUAUUAUUACGUA